UACUCCGCUACCGUAUCGAUUGGCGUGCGAAGUGUGCCGAUCUGAUUGCUCCGCCUGAGUGGAAGGUGACGCACUCGACCGAUCGCGCCAUCUGGUUCUGGGGUGCUGGGUUAGGCCAAGGAUUAACUGCAGAUGAGAAGACGAUCCUCAAGGAGUUCAAUGCUACCUUUGCUCGGUUUGUGAACGGAGACGAUGUGCAGUGGAGCCAGCAAGGACCAAAGAUGAUGUACAGACUUGACUCUGCCGGUCAGACUGGCAUGUGGGAGGAUGAUAGGUGGGACCAUGGCCUUGAAGGUUGGGAGGCCAUGAACGGAUGAGUGAAAUAUAUGCAAGCAGAUGAUGGCCUGCGAUGCAGCAACAAGACAUUGGAGGCUUUCCCGGGGGGUUUGUUUUGGUCUGUCUCGAGCUGUCUCUUUUGAGUCGUUUGUCUCGUUUGUCUUGGAGUCGUGCGGACUUCACUCGUCUUUGACAACGAGUAAGUCUCACAAAGACAACCACCGAAGCCAUACCGCAUCGCGUCAACGCGUGUACAGAAGCUUCCAUCACCACUUUUCGUUAGCAUCAUCUCUUCUUUCGCAUCCAGUUUCCACCCCCAAAUCUGUGCCCAACGUCAACAAAAUGGAUGAAGAAACCAGCAACAUGCUCGCAGAAGCCAUGGCCGCCGGCGACCGCGUUUACAGCAUGCGAGUCAACGCAGUCUUCUAUAGCAAGUAUGCUCAGUGCACUCUGUGGUCACUGCCUGAUCCGCUCGACGGACCUUCGCGUGCACCUUGCUAUGCUCCCUUCGGACAGGCAGCACCACCCCCCAUCACCACCUGCGAUGGACCUGCACCUGUAUCUGAGCCCGAGACCGUGCAGACCGUUGGCCCUUUCUCGAGCGACGUCCAUAAGCCGUGGGAGCGUGGCUCCAAACUGGACAAGAAAACCAGGAAGCUGGAUUUCGGCCGCAGCAAAAUCAGAGCUCCCAGCACGAAGAACAAGGGUUCCAGCCAGAUCGGAACGGAACAAUUUGACACCAGAGUCAAGCAGGGAAGUCCUCUCGGUAGCUCAAACAAAGUCAAGAAGAGAGCAUCUGGCAAGCGGAGACCAAAGACGCUCAACGUCGGUGUCGAGCAGAGAAGUACUCAUGACGGCUUGAGUAACGUCAGCUCUGAGAGCAACGGCAAUGAGCUCUCAAGUUCCGCUCCAUCCACAGACAUGUCCUCAGCUGGCUCGCACGAGUCCACCACUCAAGCUUCUGAAGUCAGCGAACAAUCCGAUGUCGUUAUCAAACCUCUCUGUCAAGUGCCCGAGAAGAAACCGCGCUCUUUCAGACUUCUUCUUCCGCGCCCACCUUCAGGCUCGGACACCUCCAACUAUCAUGCAUCGCAGCUGUCCCAGAUCGCUCCAAAAGUUCCUGCCAGUCAGCUUCGCUACACCUACGACACCCCAACCAAUUAUACCAAAGUCUAUCACAAAAUCUUACCUGCAGUGGCCCUCAACCGUGAUGGCAACCAGCUCCCAUCCGUAGCCCGGCCUGACUCAAGAAACAUCGCGUACAACUCUAGCAACGCUCAGCGUUAUGAUCCUGGUAUCUCGACCGACGAUAACUCCAGCAGUGUCCAGUACCAGAAUGUUCCUGCCAACUCGGUCCACGAUCAUCCUGGAAGUCUGCACAUGGAACGUCAGAUGCCCGAGCCGGCUCCCUCCACUGCCCAAGCUGCGAUCGCCCAGAUGAGAAAAAACAGCCGCGGUCUUACCCGCAUCGACGGCCCCUCGUACUGAAGCAAGACCUGCAGAAGAGAAUGAGAGACGUGAAACGAAGAGAUGAUGCCGAGCUCAGCUUCCAGUCAUCAAACGGCUAUCAAGAGGCACGGAACUUAUCGUCAACAGAUGAGUGUUUGCUAGAGUUCCAAUGAGGGCUCAAGGAAAACCAAAGUAGAGUGGCUCGGUGUAGUAUUAGCAAA